AUGGCUGAGCCAAUUUUAGAACAAGCCUAUGGAUACUGUUAUAUCCUCGUCCUUGGCGCUGGAUUCGCAGCCUUGAUGAUCUUCAUCACUAAAGUACUCUCGAAUUUCCUCGGCGAGAAACAGAACUCUGAAAGCUUCACGACAUCGGGAAGAAACACUUCAUCUGGCCUGAUUGCCUCUGCUGUGGUUUCUUCAUGGACUUGGCCAGGCACACUGCUGACAUCUAGUGGUAUGACAUACGCAUAUGGUAUAUGCGGAGGUGCUUGGUAUUCGUUUGCUUUUACAAUUCAGAUAACAUUUUUUGCAGUGGUGGCUCUAGAAAUCAAACGGAAGGCCCCUGGUGCUCAUACAAUCCUGGAAGUCGUUCAAGCUAGAUUUGGUAAGGUUGCUCACUGGGUGAUGUUGUUUUAUGCGAUGGGUACUAAUGUUAUUAUUUCAGCGAUGCUCCUACUUGGCGGCUGCCAAGCUAUCAAUGUAAUAACUGGUAUGCAUUUGGUUGCCGCUGCAAUGCUUCUACCACUUGGAGUGUUUGUUUUCACUGUCAUAGGCGGUCUGAAAAGUACUUUCAUUUCAGAUUGGUUUCACUCUAUCAUCAUUUACCUGGUUAUUAUCAUCAGUAUCUUCAACACAUAUACUAGAUCUGAUAAAAUUGGCUCAAUUGAUAAGAUGUAUGAGCUAAUCACUGAAGUCGCAAAAGUUCACCCAUCUGCUGGUUAUAAAGGUUCUUAUUUGACUUGGACUAACAAAACCGCUUUACUUAAUGGCUGGAAUAUCGUCAUUGGUGGGUUCUCGACUGUUUUUUGCGAUCCUUCCUACUCUCAAAAAGCCAUUGCUGCUAAACCAAAGGCUAGUAUGGUUGGUUACUUUAUCGGUGGUCUCUGUUGGUUGGUGAUACCUCUGGCCCUUUCAUUAGCUUCUUCGUUGGCCAACUUGGCUUUGGUUAAUGAUCCGUCGUCUCCGACUUAUCCUGAUCCUGUACCAACUACUUUAGUGGACGAAGGAAUCCCAAUGCUCUACGGGUUAUACAUGACUUUAGGUAAAAGUGGAUGUGCUGCUGGUCUUCUCAUGAUCUGGCUUGCCGCAACCUCUGCUACCUCUGCUGAAUUGAUAGGGUUUUCAUCAGUUGUAACUUACGACAUUUACAGAGCCUACAUUAACCCGCGAGCCUCUGGUAAACAGCUGGUUACUGUAACUCAUGGAUGUGUUACCUUUUUUGCCAUCGCUAUGGGAGGGUUAACUGUUUUGUUCAACUAUAUUGGGAUAACUAUCAGUUGGAUUAUUACAUUUAUUGGGGUCAUUUUGGGACCAGGGGUCUUUGCUUUCACCUUGACCCUCUUCUGGAGUAGGAUGACUAAACUUUCCAUAAUUGUUGGCCCACCUUUAGCGUCAAUCGCUGCCUUGAUAGGCUGGUGCGCGUCUGCCAAGUCUUUCUACGGUGCGGUUAACAAAGACACUCUUGGCCAACAGUAUUCUUGUGCUGUCGGUAACUUUGUCGGUUUAUUCGGAUCUCUGAUCUUCAUUGGCGUUAUCUCUCUGCUUAAGCCAGAUGAAAAACCGUAUGAUUUUGAUACCUUGGAUGACAAUUUUUUUGUUGCUGAUGAUGCCACGGUUGAAGAAGCUGUUGCUAUGAGGAUCGAGGAUCCAAAAGAGAAAAGAGAACUCAAAAAGUACUCGAUUUACGCUCAGAUCAUCGCCUGGUCUCUUUUCUUUAUUUUAAUUUUCUUGAUUCCUAUGCCAAUGUAUGGCCAAAAAUACAUCUAUUCCAAGAAAUUUUUCCGUGCUUGGGUUAUCAUCGUAAUGAUCUGGUUAUUGAUCGCGGCCGCAUUCAUCAUACUAUAUCCGAUUUACCAAAGUAGGCAUACCCUGCUCAAACUAUUAGAAAUUGUCCAAGGCAAACAGGAGAAGGAGGAGAAGGAAUUAUUAUCAGCCCAAGCAUCUCAAGUCGUCGAGGGAGUUGUCGUUGAAGUCGUCCUUGAGGCCGAAAAGCGGAAGGGUGAUGAAAUCUAA